AUGGCUCUCCCUGUUGAUUUGUGCCACCGUUUUGGUCACGAUGGCUUCGUUGGUGGAUGCAGGUUCCUACCCAAAAAAGAAAGAGUGAAGGCGAACCUAGAUCGAACCACAUCGAGCCCAGAUCUGGCUGCAACGAGGUUGAAACGAGGUUUGCUGAAAACCAUAAAUGCAGAUUUCACAGCGUGGUUGCGAAAAUUGGCUAUUGUGUUCAUGAUCGCUCCGGCAGCACUCCGGCGAUUAUUCAACUCUUCAAAGAUGGCCACUGGGGAAGGAGAAAGAAAGAUUGAUAAUGCAGAAGAUUUUUUGCAGGUGAACGAGGAGUCCGAUAGUGAUGAUGAGAAUGAGACUUCUGGUAGUGAGGAAAUUGAAGACUUCUGUGAUGGUGAAGAUGUUGUGCAAUCCAUUGGAGAAACUUGUACAAUUCCCAUAGAUGGUGUUGAAGAUAUGGGUAACAUCAAUUUCGUCACUUUAACAUUUGAAGACAUGAAGAAAUACAGGUUUUUAAAUCGCAAUGUUGCCUACGAUUUUUACAAUAUGUAUGCUCGCUUUAAUGGAUUUUCUGCCCAUCGGAGCGUUGUCAAGAAAAACUUUAAGGGAGAAAUUGUGCAGCAGAAUUUUGUCUGUCAUAAACAAGGUCACAGAGAAGAUAGAUUUGGGGAAGAUGGAGUUCGCAAGCGUGAACCUAGGAGGGACAUUAGGUGUGGAUGUUUAGCACACUGCAAGGUCCAUAUUGAUGAAUCUGAAUAUGGUCAACGUUGGGUUGUUAAACAUCUCGAUGAUGGCCAUAGUCACUUGGUUGUCCCUGAUAAGCAUGUAGGUUUGCUAGCCGGUCAUAGGAAGAUGUGCGACAUGGAUGUUUCCCAGAUGAACAACAUGAUUGGAGUUGGUAUUUCACCUCCCCAAGUUUAUGCAUCAUUUGCUGGUGAAGCGGGUGGGUAUCUGAAUGUAAAUUUUAAUCAGCGGAACAUGUACAAUGUAUUGGAUAAGGAGAGGAGAAACCAGUUGCCUGAUGCAAGAGGUGCAUUUGGCUAUCUGCGUACUUUAAGAAGCACAGAUCCAGACAUGUGCUGGAGCCAUAAGAAGUCUGAGGAAGGAAAGUUGCUGAACUUGUUUUGGUGCGAUGGACAAAGUCGUAGAGACUAUGGUGUUUUUGGUGAUGUGUUAGCAUUUGAUGCUACGUAUAGAAAAAACAAAUAUAGUUGCCCACUUGUGGUAUUGUCUGGAGUCAACCAUCAUAACAGGACCAUUGUGUUUGGCACAGCAAUUGUAUCUGAUGAGAAAGAAGAAACCUAUGUAUGGCUGCUGGAAAAAUUUGUGGAUGCAAUGAAAGGCAAAGCUCCUGUAUCUGUCAUUACUGAUGGAUGCAAGUCCAUGAGGAAUGCGAUUAGAAGAGUAUUCCCCGAUGCCCACCAUAGGUUGUGUGCGUGGCAUUUAUUGGAGAACGCAGGAAGGAAUGUGAAGAAGCCCAAAUUCGUAGAAAUGUUUAAAAUAUGCAUGUUGGGUGACUAUGAGGUGGCUAGGUUUGAAGAUAGGUGGGAAAAGAUGGUGAUAGAAUUUGAAGUUCAAGAUGAACCAUGGGUGAAGGAGACGUAUGAGAAGAAGGAAAUGUGGGCUUCUGCAUACAUGCGCGGUCAGUUUUUUGGUGGUUUUAGGACCACCUCGCGAGUUGAAGGCUUGCAUGCUCAGCUCGGUAGAUAUGUGAAUUAUAAAAAUAAUUUGUGUAAUUUCUUGAAGAACUUUCACAGGUGCAUGACCUACUUUAGGUUCAAGGAGGUUGAAGAUGACUUUAAUUCAACACAUGGGGAACAAGUGUUGUUGACAUCUCUAAAAGCACUGGAGAGGUCCGCAUCAAAGAUCUACACGCGUAACAUAUUUCUUCGUUUUAGGGCUAUUCUUCAAAGGGCUUCAAUUUGGAGGGUUUUUGGGUUCAAGAGAACAGCAAUGUGUGUUAUCUACUUUGUGAAGCAUUACCCCUCAACUGGAAGGAAUUGGCAAGUUACUUAUUAUGAACCUACUAGUGAGUUAAAGUGCAGCUGUGAGAGAAUGGAGUCAGUAGGCCUUCCUUGUGAUCACAUUGUUUCUGUGAUGGUGCACAUAGAUAUGGUUGAGAUUCCUAAAUCCCUUGUUCUUGGUAGGUGGACUAUUAAUGCUAAGGAAUCUAUUGAGGGCUUUGGAGAAAAUGAAAUGAAUGAAUGGGAUCAACUAACAGUCUGUCGAUAUUCUGCAUUGCUUGCAAGUUGUAGAAACCUGUGCAAACUUGCUUGUCGCACAAGUGCACAAUUUCUAGAGACCAAAUCACUUGUAUUUGAGCACUGUAAAAGACUGAGCAGUAAUUCACAGGUUGACGUGACAGCUGGAGAUGGUGCUGCUGACCAUGGUGCAACAGUUGAUGAGGGACAGGGUGAGGAAGGUGAAGAGAGGCACAUUAGGAAUCCUGAUGUUGUCAGAUCUAAGGGAUGUGGGGCCAUUAUCUCUCAACGGUCAAUGAAAGGUAAGCGUACUCUUCACUGUGGUAUCUGUGGCAAGCCAGGACACAACCGCACAACAUGCACACGUAGAGAUGGCCAAACGUCUACUCAACUAGGAACUCAACAAGGAACUCAAGAGGGAUCUAUUGGUGCUGGUCUCACCCAGAGACUAUUUGAAGAAGAAAAUGAAAAUGUUUGA